AUGAAAAUCCCCGUCCACGCAGAAGCCCAUGAGCCAACCCGCAUCGUCGCAAAGGGCCGGGCGCGCGCCCUCGCCAAGCAGUUCGCCUACUUCCUCCGCGGCAGCUACGGCGUCGGCGUCGGCGUCGGCAGCUCCGGGCCCGGCCUCGACGCGGUCGUCCGCCUCGUAACCGGCUACGCAGACGGCUCGCCGCGAUGCGACUUUUGGCACGCGCCCGAGUGGCCGCGCAUAACGGAUGGCCACGAGCUGGGGAAUCGCUCCGUCUGCAUGCUCCAUUCGUCUGGAACCACCAGCCGUCCCAAGGGUAACGACUACUCCUCCUCAGCGCAACCGCACCCCGCCAACUUGGUUGAUUUUCAGCAAACGGAACUGCCUCGCAGGCGUUUGAGUCUCCCAGAUGAACAUGGUGGCAGAAGCGGCUCUGCCGGCGAUGGGAAACCGGCCUCGUGUAUGAAAAAUGGCCCCGCGCCCGGCCGGCCCUUCCAGCGCCGAACCCUGGGCCAUUCCCCCACGGCCCACACCGCCGGCGCCCAGGGCAACUUCGUCAACGCCAUGGGCGAUGGCGCCUGCGUCUACUGGAAGCCCAGGUUCGACUUUGACGACUUCCUCAAGCACUGCAGAGAGCUGGAAAACAUGCUGAAUGUGACCAUGAGGCUCGGUUCUUUUUUUUAUGCCAUUAUUCUCAACGGAUGCGGUGACUGA